AUGGGGAACGAGUCAGAUGAGGAAGCAGAACUUGUAAGGAAGAGUAGACUUCUAAGGGAAGAGAUGACCGAGCAGUUACAACAAACUCUAAUCACUACUGUGGCUGAGAUGAUCAAGACUAGCAUCACGGGUCUUCGUGAUGAGAUAAGACAAGAGCUAAGACAAGCUACUGUGAGUAGAAGGCAGAGGCGUGAUCAUGAAGUUAGGAGACCUAAGAAAGAAGAGCUUGGUGGAGUUAAGCUCAAAAUACCUCCUUUUCAUGGCAAGGUUGAUCCGGAUGCCUACUUGGAGUGGGAGAAGAAGAUUGAGAUUGUCUUCAAUUGUAAGAACUAUACCAACACUCAACGAAUCCAACUUGCUGCAACUGAGUUCUAUGACUAUGCUCUGAGCUGGUGGGAUCAACUGGUUACCAUGAGGCGGCUUAACCAAGAAUAUCCAGUGGAAACAUGGAGUGAGAUGAAGUCUCUUAUGCGCAAGAGGUUUGUACCGAGCCACUACCACAGAGAUCUUCACCAGAGACUAAGAAAACUCACUCAAGGAGCUAAGACCGUAGAGGAGUACUAUCAAGAUAUGGAGCUGUUGAUGUUGAGAGCCAGUAUUUCAGAAGAUAGAGAAGCUACUAUGUCAAGGUUUCUUGGAGGGCUCAACCGAGAAAUACAAGAUAAGGUGGAGAUGCAACACUAUGUUGAAAUAGAAGAGAUGUUGCAUAAGGCCAUUCUAGUGGAGCAGCAGCUCAAGAGGAAGGGACAUUCACGUGGAAGCUAUGGGACUACUCGGUUCCAAAGUCCUAAGGAAGAUAAGCCUAACUACCAGAAGGAGAGUAAACCUUAUCAGAAAGAUGACACCAAACCUAGCAACAUCUACAGCAAGGACAAAGGAAAGACAGGAGCCUCUGGUUCCAAGACCCGAGAUGUCAAGUGCUUGGUUCAAGGGAAGGUAUGUAGUCUUAUCAUUGAUGGAGGCAGCUGUGUCAACGUAGCUAGUGAGACUAUGGUCAAGAAGUUGGGUUUGCAAGUUCAGAAGCAUCCAAAACCAUAUAGACUGCAGUGGCUUAAUGAGCAGGGCGAGAUGAGGGUCUCUGAUCAAGUAGUGGUACCUAUAACCAUAGGGAGAUAUGAGGAUGAGAUCUUAUGUGAUGUGAUACCUAUGGAAGCAAGCCAUAUUCUUCUCGGACGACCAUGGCAAUCUGAUAGACAUGUGAUACAUGAUGGCUUCACCAACAAGCACUCGUUUGAAUUCAGAGGUAAGAAGACAGUGCUGGUGCCAUUAACCCCUAAAGAAGUGCAAGAGGAUCAACUCCAUCUACAGAAAAAGAAAGAGAUUGAACUCGAAACUGAUCUCAACAAGCAGCAUAGCUUCUAUGCCAAACAGGGAGAUGUCAAACGAAUUCUCUACUCUCAAAACUCUAUUUUGUUGCUUAUGUGUUUCCAGAAGAUAGUUCUAAUGGUUUACCUCCAGUUCGUGGGAUUGAGCAUCAGAUAG